CGUCCAAAUCUUUUUUCUUUUACUAUACUUUGGCUUCCUCCCAAAGCGUCCAAUCGACAAACAAUUCUUUCCAUCGCUGUUCUUCCAAAUACAUACUCUGGUAUUUCUUUUCCUACGCCCCAUCCCCUUCUUCGCUGCUUUAUCUUUAACCCUAAUCACAUAUUCUCAAUCAAAACUUAUGUCUUGUUUCAAUUAUACAUAUGUAAAACACAAUUGGUAGAUGUUUUUACCAUUAAUUGUACUUUCGGAGGUACAAAUUCCAAAUCUGAAUCGCUUGUUUACAGAUCUUCUAUUAGCCCCUGCUAUUAUCGAAGGUAGCUUUUGGUUAUAGAGAUCAAGUCCUGCCAACAAAUUUCUGAUUGUUGACCAUUACAGCGGGAAAAUAUAUUUAAGUCUGAAAGGUGAUUAACUUGUGGUGUGGGUAUUUUAUAAGACAUGGCAGAGGUUCGGAGUUCCGGGAAAUCAAUUGAUCAGUUGUUGGAAAAGGUUCUGUGUAUGAACAUUCUUUCUUCCGAUUAUUUUAGAGACCUUUUGAGGCUGAAGACAUAUCAUGAAGUGAUUGAUGAAAUUUACAAUCAAGUUGAUCAUGUGGAACCAUGGAUGACUGGCAAUUGCCGUGGUCCUUCAACAGCAUUCUGCCUUCUGUACAAGUUUUUUACAAUGAAACUCACUGUCAAACAAAUGCAUGGCCUUUUGAAGCACGUUGAUUCACCAUAUAUCAGAGCUGUGGGAUUCCUAUAUUUGAGAUAUCAUGCAGAUCCAAAGACAUUAUGGAGUUGGUAUGAGCCAUAUCUUAAAGAUGAUGAGGAAUUCUCUCCUGGAUCUAGUGGUAAAAUGACCACUAUGGGUGUCUAUGUGUGCGACUUGCUACUGGGACAGUACUACUUCGAUACGCUGUUGCCUCGCAUCCCAGUCCCUGUAAUGCGCACAAUCGUAUCAAAUCUCGAGAACAUGAAGUUUCCCACCAAACCCUCUGGCUCAACAGGGGAUUCCAGUCGCGGGUCGGAAGAAACAGCUCGCCGGCCUCCAUCAGUCAAAGCUUCACUCUCAGUCUCUUUUGGCCAGCGUGCCCCACACCGUGCAUCAACCAGAGACUCAUCCCCCAUUCGCCGCACGCUGACAUCACCUCCCUAUGAUGAUGCAAGACGGUCUCCUGGUUACCGUCGCAGUCAAAGCCGCGACCGAGAAGGGGACCGCGAGAGAGAGAGGGGCAGUAGGGAUCGAGAUAGAGAUAGGGAUAGAGAUAGAGAGAGGAGGUAUGAUUAUGAUAGAGAGAGGGAGAGGGGAAGAAGGUACGACGACUAUGAUAGGGAGAGGGAAAGGAGAAGCAGAAGGGAUCGCGAGAGGAGUAGGAGUAGGAGCAGGAGCAAGAGUCAUGGUCGGCGAAGUCCGGCAAGAGAUGAUGUCAGCAAAGACAAGAAGACAUCUCAUGUGUCUAGCAAUCUGGCAAAGCUUAAAGACAUCUAUGGUGACUUGAGUAGCAGCCAGAAGGAGAAUGGGAACUAUGAUAGUGAGGCUCCAAGGGGCGGCGGCACAGGGGCCGAGGAGGUUAUCCGGCUUGGCGGUUCUUCUUGGAGAUAGAAAACAGAAGGGCUCAAUGAUGUGUGUGGUUUAAUGGUGACCAGCAUCUGCUUUAUAUUGUCAUUCUGCAAUGGCUGCAGCCUUGUGAUGUAUUAUAUUAUAGACCAAGCUACCAUUUCCAUUGUUAUUUCUGUUGGAUGGGGAUAUUUGUUUGUUUAACUUUCAAAGGCUCAUUUGAUCCACACUACUGUAUGAGAUGAGAUUGUAUUUGCACUACAUACUAUGAAUUGUCAACAGAUUUGAUAGCUUGACUACAGCU